AUGAGCUGCCUUCCGUCGACGUCGAGGUCGGCCCGGUCGCUGGGCCCGCGAUUGCUGCGGCAGGCCUCGGCCUCGCACUCUGGCGCUGCGCGAGCACCGUUUGCCACAGCAGCCCGUGCCGUCAAGCCUCGUGGCUCUACCUUGGCCGUCUGCUCGCCGCACUCGAGGUCAAUGUCGACGACCACCGCCACCGCCGAUGCUCAUGCAAGUGCCGCCGCCACCGCCACAACCACCCUCUCCGGACAGGACAUCUCCAUCGCUGUCGACGAGGACGGCAGCGUGCCUGCAGCUCCUUACACGGCUUUGCCGCUAGCUGGCUCCGCACCCUCCUACAAGGUCCACCUCGUCGUCCACCCCGUCGACCGGGCACGCCCCUCGUCGAGCUGGCCCUCGCACCUCGAGUCUGUCAACCCGCUCCUGCUCGAGCUCGAGGGGCGAUCCAAGAAGGGCGGCAGCCUCGAGGGAUUCGGCAUCUCGUUUUCCGAAGGCUCGGUCCGCGACACCAACGCCGCCGCCAACGAGCUGCCCGACUGGGAUCCUGCGACGCCGCGAAUGCUGCGCCCCGUCCCCAACUCUCGCUCCGAGGACGAGAGGUUCAUCAUUUACGCCUACACCCAGCCCGGCAAGGUCACCAAGGUCGGGCCGCUGUCGCUCAAGACGCUCGACGAGGGCGUCCCUCUGCGACAGAGGAUCGACGAGGCGCUGCUGGCGGCGCGGUCCCAGACGGGCCGGCCGAGCGAGCAGGACGAGACCCACGUCUACGUCUGCGCCCACGGCGCUCGCGACUGCCGAUGCCAGGUCGCCGGUGGCCAGGUGCUCGAUAGCCUGCGCGAGGCGGUCCGCAAGAACGAGGCCUCGCUCGUCAAGGCCGGCCGGCCCAGCCCCAAGAAGGUCAAGGUGUGGCCCAUCAGCCACGUCGGCGGCCACACAUUUGCCGCCAACGCCCUCGUCUACCCGCACGGCGACUGGUACGGCAACCUGCGCGCCACCGACUCCAAGCUCGUCCUCCGCGCCGCCCUCAGCCCGGCGUCGUCGGCCCACGACCUCGAGGACUCGCGGGAGAGGCUCGUCCACUGGCCACGGUGGCGCGGCCGCCUUGGCAUGACCAAGUCCGAGCAGCGCGACCACUUUAGCGAGUGGGGCCCGCCCACCAUCAACUCGGCGCAGCUCACGCCCAGGCCGCGCGGUGGACUCGCCGGCGCCGGAUCUCGACCCGAGCUGAGCAGCAUGCCGUCGGCCAGCAUGAUCGCUGCGGCCGCGCGCGGCUACGCUACGGCGGCGGCGCCCGGCCCGUCGCCGGACGGCGGUAAGCCGCCGCAGCCGUCGGAGCGCAUGGCGGCGUUCCGAGCCAAGCUGGCGCAGGACCUGUCGAUCGGCGACUUUGCUGCCGGCGAGGUCGAGGCGGUCGAGGUCGACGACGCGAGCCACGUCCCCAAGGGUGCCCGCGUCCAGAUGGGCCGCGUGGGCGAGGCGCGGCUGCCGUCGCACCUCAAGACCAAGAUCCCGACGGGCGCCAACUACUCGCGGAUCAAGUCGGACCUGCGCGGGCUGGGCCUCAGCACCGUGUGCGAGGAGGCGCGGUGCCCCAACAUUGGCGAGUGCUGGGGCGGCGAGGGCGGCAAGGAGAAUGCGACGGCCACCAUCAUGAUCAUGGGCGACACGUGCACGCGCGGCUGCCGCUUCUGCGCCGUCAAGACGUCGCGCGCGCCGGCGCCGCUGGACCCGCACGAGCCCGAGAACACGGCCGAGGCCAUCUCGCGCUGGGGGCUGGGCUACAUUGUGCUCACCUCGGUCGACCGCGACGACCUGGCCGAUGGCGGCUCGGCACACAUUGCCUCGACCAUCUCCAAGAUCAAGUCCAAGUCGCCCCAGAUCCUCGUCGAGGCGCUGGUGCCCGACUUUUCCGGCGACACCGAGUGCGUCGACCGCAUCGCCCACAGCGGCCUCGACGUGUUUGCCCACAAUGUCGAGACCGUCGAGCGGACGACGCCGUCGGUGCGCGACCGCCGCGCAAAGUACCGCCAGUCGCUGGCGGUGCUGGCGCACGCCAAGCGCUCCAACCCCAAGCUCAUCACCAAGACGUCGAUCAUGCUGGGCUGCGGCGAAGAGGACCACGAGGUGCUGCAGACGCUCAAGGAUCUGCGCGCCAACGACGUCGACGUCGUCACGUUUGGGCAGUACAUGCGCCCGACCAAGCGCCACAUGAAGGUGACCGAGUACGUGCAGCCGGCCAAGUUUGAGCACUGGCAGAAGACGGCCGAGGAGCUGGGCUUCCUCUACGUCGCCAGCGGGCCCCUGGUGCGCAGCAGCUACAAGGCCGGCGAGUUUUUCAUCAAGAAUGUCCUCGAGCAGCGCAAGGGCGUCGCUGCCGCCGCCUCGCCGUCGUCUCCGGCUGCAACGGCUGCCACGUCGGCUUCGGCUUCGGCUUCGGCUUGA